AUGUCAGCUCCACCUCACUUGCGCCCCUCGGCGCAGCCCUACAUUGCAUCUAGACGCCGACCCUCCGUUGCGGAUGUGUGGGAAAUGGACGAGGGGAGAUCUGGCCAAGUCGAUGUGACGCAGCCUGCAGUGCCUGCAUCGCCUGCAGCGCCUGCAGUGGCAGUACCUGCAGUGCCCGUGAGAAAUGCGCCUUCUUCGACGAGUGGCUGUGAAAACACGGUUGCUGUCUUCCCUAGCGUGCCACGGGAACACUACCGCCACGCCCCUUCAGUGGGGACAUGGAUGCUCAGUCUUCCUGGACGACAAGCGAAAGGACCAGGUGGCCUGGAGAAGUACACAAUGGUCCGCAAGGAUGGAGAUGAUGCCCGAUUGGAGAGUUUGAUUACAGCUGCAUCUCAGAAGGCAUCUCCGUCGUUUGACCGGUUGGUCAAUCCAAGGUCCGCUGCCGCGGUCCCAGCUCUGAGCUUCCCGCGAUUCCGGCCGUCCGUCGGCACUUGGUUGCAGCAGCGCCCCCUCGCGAUCGCAAGUCCGGGUUCCCAAAAGCUCCAACUACAAGAUGGACAGGUGCAGGUGGCGAAUUCAUCCGACCAUCACUCUCCUGAGUGCAGGCUUCCAAGUGCUCCUAGCGGUCCUAGCACCGAGAAGGAGGAGCGCCUUGAGCUGCAUUUUUUCCAACUUGAUUUGAGCAAGGUAGACCCGGAUGCUUUCAAGAAGCAGCUGAUGUCGGCCUUGCUUGACGCCGGAUUUCCUCAGGAGUUCUCGCCCAGCAUAACAAUCAGUUUGCGAGCAGGAGUCGCGGAACUUCGGGGCCCUGUGAGCAGCAUGCAGAAAUUGAAGUCCCUGCCCGUGUACAGCAUCCAAGUCAUGGGCUGCCAGGCGCAGUCCGCAGCCACUGCUGCAGCAAUGGCAGCAAAUGCCGGGGUCCUGCCAGCCAGAUCGGAUGCAAACCAGGAUGUGCCUGAGUCCAUUGAUCAAGCGGAGGAAGAUGAGCCUCCAGUACUGGUUACGGCGGCCCCUGUGACUCUUCCAACGGCAGGGAUGAGUUCCCCUUCGGCUCAGCUGCCUGUCUUGACUGAGCACUCGAAUCGAGGCACAAGUGCAGAGAGCCGCACUCCACUUCUGUCUGGCACGCCAAAUCUGGAUGCGAUGUUUUCACCCGAUCGCCGAAGCAGGCAGUCAGGAUUUCGAUCACAUGCCGCUCCGCCGACGGAACGCAGAAAGGCUGGACCCCAACGCUUGCGAGCUCGAGAUCGGUGGAAUGUGGAGGAGUUGCGCGUUUGUGAUGUUAUGUCCAGAUCGUUGGGCUGGACAGGUUCACCGCUGGAGUUGGAUGAAAAUGACGUGGCAGAGAUCUUGGCAGAGCUGUACGGGGAGGAAUUGGAACUCGAUGCUGUUCCUUGGACGUUUCAGCUUGCAAGCCGGGGAGAGACAAGGUGCACAAGUGUCAGUGACUUGCACUAUGCGAUGCGUGCCCAUCAUAUUUGUCAUUUCUUGCCACAGGCCACGAUGCGGACGCUGGCUACGACAAACGUCAGCUCCAGAGGCUGUGUGGAUCGGGAGUUGUUGCGAGAUUUGAUGGAAGAGCUGAAUGGCGGCUACACCGUGCUUGCUGCGCAGGUCAAUACCGUCCUGGACGAAGCUGAAGCGUUGGUGAACAGUGGGUCCGGGAGUGGUCGGGCAUCGCUGGUGCGUGCCAUUUCAGCCUGGUACUUGAACGUUAUGCGGACCGAGUCGCCUUGGGCAACUACUUUCCGAGCAUGUUACGGACGUUGGGUCCCAGAGAAUGGUUAUCAUUGGGAGGUGUUUGUACGCUUUCGGAGCUCCUUGAAGGAGGCUGAAGAGGCCUUCCAUGAAGAUGCGUGGCAGGCAGUUUGGGGUCUGCUGCAGUCUGCCAUUCUCUUGCUGGCGCUGGUGUUCCCGAUCAUGUUCUUUGCCUGGUUGGUGGUUCUUGGGGCGGAGCAUGGAGAUGACCGCUGCCCAAAGGAUCUUGACGGCCUCAUCACUUGGUUCGGCAUACUGGGUCUCGCGCUGAUUGUGGUCGGCUUUGUUGAUGGCCGGCUGGCGCAAGAAGAUGUAGUUAAAACAUCUCACAUCGGGCUGGCACUGUCAUUAGUAUUGCUGGUUCUGCCUUGGGUUGGUGCGUUCUGGACCUUCCAUCUGGAUAGCAGGGACCAGCAGACGUGUGGCUUGUUCUUAACUGGAGCGAGUUCACUACUUUGGACAGUAUGUCUUGUCUCUGAGUUAGUACUUGGCUUUGCAUUUCUGUGGCACUUAGCCGUGUACCAGGAAUAUGAAAUGACCCUGCAGCAGGGACACCCUCCAGAGCUGCAGGCACCGAGCUACGGCAAUCGCCAAGAUGCUGGAUUCGCAAGUCGUGCAUCAGAGCCGUGA